AUGACCAGGCUUUUCACCCCUUUGCGCGUUGGAGGCAUGGAGCUUUCUAACCGCAUUGCCAUGGCCCCCAUGACCCGCUUUCGCGUCAAUGAUCACCAUGUCCCUCUCCCUAUCGUCACGGAGUACUACGCCCAGCGUGCUUCCGUGCCAGGAACUCUCCUCGUUACCGAAGGAACCAUCAUUACUCCUCAAGCAGGCGGUUAUGCCAACGUGCCCGGUAUCUGGAACGACGCCCAAGUUACCGCCUGGAAGGAAGUCGCGGACGCUGUGCACGCGAAAGGCUCUUACAUCUACAUGCAGCUUUGGGCGCUGGGCCGUGUAGCGAGCGCUGACAUGCUCAAAGCCUCCGGCUUCGACCUCGUCGCUCCUAGUGAUGUACCAACCUCUUCAGAGGCGCCAUCCCCACGUCCCCUAAACGAGGACGAAAUCCAGUCAUACAUCCAUCACUUUGUGCAGGCCGCUCGCAAUGCUAUUGCUGCGGGCUUCGAUGGUGUUGAGAUUCACGGCGCCAAUGGCUACCUCAUUGACCAGUUCAUACAGGAUGUCACCAACAAGCGAACUGAUCAGUGGGGUGGCAGUGUCGAGAACCGUGCCCGCUUUGCGCUUGAGGUGACCCGCGCCGUCGCCGACGCUGUUGGCGCGGACCGUACAGCUAUCCGCUUCAGCCCUUACAGCAAAUUUCAGGGUAUGAAGAUGAAGGACCCGCAGCCGCAAUUUGCGUAUUUGGCGCGCGAGCUAGCUCCCUUGAAGCUGGCGUAUGUGCAUUUGGUUGAGGGCCGACUUGAAGGUAGUGAGAUUAUUGAAACCACCGAUGAGUUGCACUUUUUCUUGGAUGCGUAUCGGGGUGCUGGGUCAGUGAUGGUAGCUGGUGGAUAUGAGCCUGAAUUGGCGAGGGAGGCAGUGGAUCACAAGUACAAGGAUCACGAUGUGAUUGUUGCGUUUGGUCGGCCGUUUACCUCGAACCCGGAUCUGCCAUUCCGAAUCAAAGAGAAUGUGGCUCUCGUGCCACACGACAGAAAUGUGUUAUAUCUUCCUAAAGACCCAAAGGGGUAUAAUGAUUGGGAGUUUAGCGCUGAAUUUACCAAGGCUGUGCAGAUUGCAGCUUGA